AUAGUGUGUGACUGUGAAUGCACCAGUGUGUUAGACUACUUGAUCUACACAGCUGAAUAUAGCUCUUUUCUAUUUCGAGAACUGAGCUUUAGAAGCUUAAUACCAAACAGCACACUACUGGACACAGAGUGCGCUACAUGGUGUGCAGGAGGCGUGUUUGCACAGUGGACUACAGAGUGCUCAGGGGAAGGGAGGGGAGCUGUGCACGGAGCCGCGCGGUCCUGCGGGGGAAAGAACGCGAACGUGUCAGUCACGUGACACAGAGCAGCAUCCGGAAGUGGUCCACCGCUGGUGGAGGAAGAUGGCGGUGUAUCAACAACAGCUGCACGGCCGCUACACAUUCUUAAACAUGACAUUGAACUUGGUUUGUCUGUAGUGCAGCAGUGAAGGGUGAUGGACAAGGAUAGAUUCGCUUCUGCUCCCAGCUCUUGGCUGGAGAUGAAUAACUUCAUUGGUGACCUUAUGGCUUUUAGUGCAUCUGGCUCUGGUCAGCUAUUGAAAAGCGCUAACAAUCAGUCACUCCGUACUGCCUGGGAAAGCGCAGGAACUGAGACACCAGCAACCAAAUCCUGUUAUCCCGCUCAGACUGACCCACAAAGCCAGAGCCAACGGAAAAACGUGGCAGGAAUCAGUUUGCACUCUGGAGCGAGGAUUCAGGAGGCUGCAAGUUGUGACGAGCAACAAUUACGGCCAUAUGCCUGCAGAUGCCCGGGCUGUCCUCUGUCCUCAGCAUCCACUUCUGCAUCUACUAUGCAUCCACUCUGCCUGAAAUCCAGAAACAAUUCCUCCUCACAGGCUGAAACAUCUAAAGGGUCCACGUCACAGUCCAAAGAGCCAAACACAGUCACGUUUGGCCUGGGCUCCUGUCUUAGCCUGGCUCUUUCUCUGGAAGAAAGAAACAGCGAGUCGACAAGCUUGUCCAACGCACAACACCAAGACAAAGGCACAAACACAAACAGUUCAACAUCUGCUUCAAACUCCAACCCGCAGAUCUGCCCAGCACCUCUCCAGGCCUUCCCCUGCUUCUGCUGUCAUCCAUGCCCUUAUCUCCUGCAUCCCCAGCAGGCAUCUGAUUCCCACUUCGCCCACACUCACUCUCACCACCAUCACCACCACCACCAUCACCACUGCCCACUCACUGCCUGCCUUUUGUGCCAACGUUCCCUGAACUGUGCACAGCAGGAGGGUCACACCCAGCGCCAGCACCCGUGCAUGCACUGCUCUGCCUUGUUCCUGCGACCCUCACAGCUGCUUCAGCACCAGCGCACCCAGCACUCUUCCAAAGCUGGUGGCUUCCUUUGCCCCGAGUGCGGCCGUGUCUUCAACUCGCACAGUAACCUACGCGUACACCUCAACGUGCACACCGGAGCGAGGCCAUACACGUGUGCCGACUGCGGCAAGAGCUUUAGCCAGUCAGGUGCACUCAAGAUCCAUCGGCGUGUCCACACUGGCGAGCGGCCGUACACGUGCACCUACUGCGGCCGGGGCUUCCCACACCUGGCUGGUGUUAGGGCGCACCAGCGCAUACACACCGGUGAGAAGCCGUACCAGUGUGCACAGUGCGGCAAGGGAUUUACUCAGUCGGGUGCCCUCAAGGUCCACAUGCGUGUCCACACAGGCGAGAGGCCGUUCCUUUGUAACCUGUGCGGCAAAGGCUUUUCAAACCGUUCUGGUGUCCGCUUUCAUCAACGUACUGCGCAUGGCAUUAUCACUGAGCCAAAUUCUGUGGGACGGCCAAGCCUGGCCGGCACCAGCUCAGAAGUCCAGCCUAAGCAGGCUGACCAGGCAGCAUCUGCUCAGUCUCUGGAGCACAGGCCUCUUCCAAGGGAGAAAAAUUCUGAGGGAGAGGAAGUGAGAAGAACCCUUCCUUACGGCUGUGAGGACUGUGGUAUGUGUUUUCCGGAUGCUCUCUCCAGAAACAGGCAUCAGGCACUUCAGCACUACUCCACUGAAGAGGAAGAUCAGCCUAAGGGACCUGGAGCAGCACAAGGAGAACAUGUUGCGGAAAAGACGUUGGUCUAACAACAUACAGUAUGUAAUUAUCAUACUCUAAAAUACAUUAGAAAACCAGCCUUGUCUGUAGAUCAAGACUACCAGACUGGGUCCAUGCUAAAAUCCUUUGUGUACUAAUUGCAAAAGAAAAAAAAAACUUUUGUGUGCUUUUGUAUGUGGCCUUAAAAUAAUGAAACUGGUUUUAGCACUUUCAACUAACAAAUGAUGGCAAAUAUCAUAAUUAAAGAAAAAAAAAGUCACAUUACGGGUACCGAUUGUGAUGAGGUUAUAGAGUGUUCUCCAGUGUGUCCAUGUUUCUUUUGCUCUUUCUGUAAUCACAGUGUUUAGAGGUCAUGUGCAAAAUGGCUUUAUUUGCCAUUAUAGUGUUGUUAUUUUAAUUAGGUCUCAGAGCGCAGGGUGGCAUGAAUAGUGCUAUAGUGCUGUGUAUUGUGAAUGGAAUGUGUUACAAGGAGGUCUAAAGAGUCCCCCUAGUGAAGGAGUUAGAAAAAGGACUGAGUUGGGGAAAAAAAUGCAUUCCAAGCAUGCCAGCCCGGAGCAGAUGGCAGCUGGGACAUAGAAAAUGAGAGGGCAAAAAGGACACCUUUCUAUGGACUUCUUCAUUAGCCCGUGCUUCAUCUGGGACAGUGUGAGCAGAAACUGUAACCAUAGCUGGACCUGGAACAGAGUAGAGGAGAUCAGUCAAACAAGGCCAAUUACAGUGACAGAUCCAGUGUUGGCCGUCACUCUGGAUGGAUUCAGGACUAAUGGAUGUUUGAAGGGAGGUCCCGCCAAAGGGAGGUUGAUGAGGUUAAACAAGUAUGGAAAGGCUCACAGGAGAUGUAGCUGAAUCUGACGAUAAACCCAAGCCUUUAAUUAAAUCAAUCUAACCCUGUGACCGUAAAGCACUGGUAAGACAUAAUCAGCGGUCACUGGUGCAAUGGCUAGUCAUACUGGGGAAAAACAAAUGAAGGCACAAAUGAGUUUAGUGCAUGAUACAAUGAGAAGAGGAAUACAAUCUAGCAACAUAGCAAUCUUGUGUUAAAAUGUAUGAUGUUUUUUUUUUCCCCAGCAAAUUUUUACCUAGUAACUAUUUUGUAUAGGUUACUGCUUUAACAUGGAGCACUUAAGACAGUAAGACUUUACAUGUGGCUGUCCAUGUGUGUACCUUUUGUAUUAAAAAAAAAAAAUCCAUCCACUGAAUGGCAAUUCAUACAAAUAAGGGACACUUAUUCGUCUCUGUGAAGCAGUAUGAAACACUGACACUUUAAUUGUGAUUGCUGUCAAAAAACAAGUCUCAAAUUGUAAGCCAUGAGCUUAUGUUUAAACGUUUGUACUAAAUUUUGAUUACCCAAAUGAUUGGUAUGCAAAACACUUUUCAGUAAGUUUUUAGUGUACGUGAGAGUAUUUUUAUUAUUCAGACUCAAAUUGUUUAUAAAGAAAUCGUCUAGUAUCAAUACUGAGAAAUGUUCUGCCUAGAGUCGUAUAUAAUUGUAAUUUGAUACACAGCUCUAAUCUGUUCAGUCCAUUACAAAUAUCACACAUCAUUACUCAGUACUGCCUAUAUUAUUAGUAUACUAUUGGUAUUUUUUUUCUUCUUUUUUUUCGGUUGUGUGCAAUUAAAGUACCAAAUGAAU